GUCUGUCGUCUGCUUGAGGGGGAUACAAAGCUGAUAGUUUGUGAUUGUUAGCAGUAGUUAUUGAUAGAAUUCUUCUAAUUUCUACUCCAUUCUACCAAUUAUUAGUUCAGUAAUGGAAGAGUUUGUAGUUCCAAUCAAAGAUGGUGAAAAACCAACAAAGAAAACUCCUGACAAAAGUACAUGGAAACGCACGAAAGAAAAGAUUGCCAGACACAAGCCAUCACAGAUGCCAGAAUUCCCCAAAUGCAACCACUUUACUGGGGCAUUCCAGUGCCGCACAUUAACAAUGAGAGACGUACAAAAAUUCCAUGGUUUAUUCUACAAACGCCCGGAACGCCAACACCAAAAUAAUUUUAUUCUUCGAAAUGUGGAAAUAAAGAACGUUCAGAGGAGGAGAUCAAGAGAACACAAAACUAAAGAAAAUCACAACUACUGAGGACUACAAAAUAUUUCGUCAAAACUACAGCAGGAGAUAAAGUGCCAGUCUGUAUGAACAGUUUUUUAUCAAUUCUAGGCGUAUCCCGAUUUC